UUGCAGAUGUGUCAAUUGCAUUAUUUGCUGAAGGCAUGUUAGUUGUUUCUUGUGGUAAAGAAGUUGAUGAUGAAGUGUUAAUGUUAGUUAUUUGCACGGAAGAAGUAAUUGGCGAUUCUUCCAUAACCGAAGUACUAAUAAUUGAUGUCGGUAUCUCCUGUGACGAA